GCCCCCGGAGCUCAUGCAAGACGUCCGAUGGUUGAUCGUAUCAACGCACUGAAGAUUCCAGUGACCUUCGUUUAUGGCGAUCAGGAUUGGAUGGAUCCUAAGGGUGGAGAACAAUCCGUGGAAAACUUGCGUCAAGCCGGCAACGGUAACGGUCGAAUGUACCUCGUUCCUCAUGCUGGUCAUCAUCAUAAUCCCAAAGCAACAAACGAUUUGCUGGUCAAAGAGCUAGACCGCCCACAUUGGUCGUAG